AUGUUCAUAUUAUUGAUUAGUAUUUUAUUACUAUUAAUUCAUCACGGACAAUGUCGCAUAGUAGCUACAGCUAAUCUUCAACAACAUCUUACAUCAACAUCAAUUGGAACAUUGACAUUUAGUCAAAAUGAUGCUAAUUCACCUGUACAAAUUACUGGUAAACUUAAUUCAUUGAAUGCUAGUAGCAGUCAUGGUUUUCAUGUUCAUACCAAUCCCGUAGCAGAAACUUCACCAGAUUGUGCAGCAGCUGCUGGCCAUUUUAAUCCUUACAAUACUGGUCAUGGUCCUCGUGAAGCCGAUAUAUGGCACCGACAUGUUGGUGAUCUUGGAAAUAUAACAACGGAUGCAAAUGGUUCAGUUAAUAUCAAUAUGAACGAUUAUAUUAUACAAUUUUAUAAUUCUACACAAUCAAUUGCUGGUCGAACUAUUAUUGUACAUCUUUUGUUUGAUGAUGGUGGUCAUGGUACGGGUGAAAGUAAUAUAACUGGAAAUGCUGGUGCACGAUAUGCGUGUGGUCUUAUAAAAGUAACAUCAAAUGGAAUAAAUAUUAAACCGAUUAGAUCUGUUUUAUAUCUUACAAUAAUGAUUCUUAUUAUGAUAUUCUUCUAG